CAAUCGUAUUAGCAGGGUUUAAAACGACAGUGCCUACUCAAGUGAGUUCGCAAUUCAUUUUAUCUGCACCUCGUUUCUAGGGUUUCCAAUUAUCUCUCUGCCAUCUUCUUCGCAAGUCAAAAUCCAAAAUGAGUCGACAUCCUGAAGUAAAGUGGGCAGAAAGGGAGGACAAGGUGUAUCUUACUGUGCUGCUGCCAGAUGCCAAAAAUCCAAAGGUCAAUGUUGACCCUGAUGGAACAUUUACUUUCUCUGCCGCUGCUGGUUCAGACAACAAUCUCUAUGAAGUCAAAUUGAAUCUACUCGAUAAAGUUAAUGUGGAGGAGAGCAAGAUAAACAUAGGUGUGAGGAACAUAUUCUGUGUGUUGGAGAAAGCGGAGAAGAAAUGGUGGACAAAAUUGUUGCAUGGAGAUGAGAAGACACCCCACUAUCUGAAAGUAGAUUGGGAUAAAUGGGUGGAUGAAGAUGAUGAUACUGGUGCACCAUCUGAUCUUGAUUUGGAUGGAAUGGAUUUCUCGAAAUUUGGUGACAUGGGUGGCAUGGGCGGUAUGGGUGAUAUGUCCGGAUUGGGUGGUAUGGGUGGAUUUGGAGAUAGUGAUGCAAUGGGAGAUGACUUUGAGGACUCUGAUGAUGAUGAAGAAAUCAAGAAGCCAGAAGUGAAAGAAGCUGCUGACAAGGCAGAGGGAGAAGCUCCCAAGGACAAGGCAGAAACUGCACCGGCUUCAUGAGUGAUUUUAUCUAACAACUCUUACAAAAGCUUAUAUGCUUUUUGCUGGGAGUUUCUGAGUUUGGUAGUUAGCUACGUGAGUCAUGUUUCUCUGUGGAAGAGACGCGAUCAUUUUACCUUAUCAAUCCUUGUGCUGAUGAAAACAUUGUUAUUUGUAGUCUCCCGUGCGGUGACUAUUUUCGUUCUAUUUGUUAUGAUGUAUUUUUCAGUUGAAGUUGGCAAGUGUUAUAUUUGAAAUAGUUGAAUUAACAAGUUUAUGCAGCCUCAGAUUGUGCUCUGCUUCCCUUAACAUCUUGUUUGAGUUGGGCGAUGAGUUGCUGAUGAGUUGAACAUUAAGUGGAACAUAAAACUGGUGGAUGCUGUGCAUUAAGAGUGGUCCUUUGAUAUAUGCCAAGGAAAAAUAAUACAUUUGUCUCACAAUGAUAUUUUGAUUAAAUGCAUGUGUGUCAAAUAGAAGAUAAUCGAUUAAUCAUCGGGCCCAAACCCAUCCCCAUCGUCAUCCAUGGAUCCGUUCUGAUUGUCUGCAUCCGCAUAGUACAGUGCUGGGCUGGGCCCAUCAACAUCUGCAUCUGUAUACAAUGGUGAUGGUCCAGGCCCAUCGGAUACACUGGGCCCAUCCACAUCUGCAUCAGUGUACGAUGGUGAUGGGCUGGGGCUGGAGGUAGCGGAUGCUGUGGGCCCAUCCACGUUGGCAUCUGUGUUCGGGGACACGGCGUUAGAUGGAGCUGGCCCGAACCCAUCGGCAUCCGAGGGUCCCUCCUGAUCGUCUGCAUCCGUGUAGGAUGGUGAUGGGCCGGGCCCAUUUACAUCUGCAUCUGUAUUCGAGGGUGAUGGGCUUGGUCCAUCGGAUACCCUAGGCCCAUCCACGUCUGCAUCAGUGUAUGAUGGUGAUGGGCCAGGGCCAGCGGAUGCUGCGGGCCCAUCCACAAUGUCAUCCGCGUUUGGGGACAAGACAUAAGAUGGUGAUGGGGCGGGCCCGGACCCAACGGAUGGAGAUGGGCUUGGAGCUGAGUCCGAUGACGAGUCGGGGGAAGGGGAUGGGGAGAGGUCGUGGGGCCGGGCGAGAUGCAGAGAGAGAAGGAGAGAGAGGGAGAGUAGGAGCAGCCUUUGGUUGUUAUCGGCUGCCAUUUUCCGGUUUGGGGCUGCUCUUUUGUGUGUGGGAAGUCUUAUGGAGGAAUGUCUAAGGGUGCGUGGGAUUUGGUUUGCUAUGCGUA